UAAUGGAGAGGAAAGUGGAAGUCACUUCAUGAGCUGAAGCCAGUGAGUGUAGCAAGGUCAUUCAGGCACAUGUCACCUUUUAACUUGCUCAGUCACAUUUUGAUUUGAAGGCCUGGUGCCUGGAGAAGCAAUGGCCACAGUGACUCUCCUGAACUUAGCACCAUCUCACUUGUACUUCCCUUCAAGCACAGCCAGCGCUUUCUUGUGGAGAAGCACCAUCAACAUGCACGUCACCAGGCCAAAAUCUGCCAAGGGACGCACCAGGCCACGCUGCAAUUACUCUCAGGGUGUGGAGGCCUGUCCUUGCAGAGCACCACCUUCCCCAGCAGCAGCAGCAGCAUCUCACCAAGCACCCAACAGCCACAGAGGAUUGGCCACAAAGCCGGCAUUCCCAGCCAGCCGGGUGUCUCCUGAGGAGAUCUCAGAGCUCCUGAGGCAAGUGCCUUUGAGAACCUCCUCCUCCUCCCUCAACAAGUACAGGGUGCUCCCCUCCAUUGGCCAGAAAGGCACCGUGGAAGCCGUGGCUGAGCAGAUUGACCAGCUGAAAGUGAGUGAGGAGCAGGAGGAAGCGCCGACAAGCAAAACCCUUCCUGGAGACCAAGGAUCUAGCAGUGUGUUGUCAGAAAGUGAUGUCCCCAGUGAGCAGAGAUCACACAUUCAGUGUCCUCCUGAGAAGCCAGGGAGGAAAAUGAGACAAGAGAGCCCUUCAAUGUCAACUUUAAGGUUGCAAGAGCUGCCGAAGGAAGAGUCGCUCUUGCUGCUCGCUGUUCGCUCUCCCUCUGGUCAGAGGUUUGAACAUCAUUUCAAGCCCACCGACAGUCUCCAGACAGUCCUUGCUGUGGCAGAACAGAAAACAGCAGCCAAAUACAAGUGCUGCAGCCUGGAAACGGUGGAGGUGCCCCGUCGGAGUUUCAGUGACCUCACGAGGUCCCUGCAGGAGUGUGGCAUCCUGCACAAGUCCCUGGUGUGCAUCCGAUGGAAGGAGCAGCACGGUGCAGAUCUUUAGGUGCACAGAGAUGUUCUGCCCAGUAGAAUGCAGGACUGCUUCCAAAAAAACCAGGCAGUCUGAUGUUUCCUGGGCCUCCUUCUUCAUCUUGCCAUCUUCCAAAAGCUCCCCUUGAAGCAGACUUGUCUAUGUGUGAUGAAUGUUGUGUUUCCAGUGUGUACCUGCUACCUAAAUGGAUUUCUUCCCAUGUGCCAUCUCCAGUUGCUUGCUGAGCACCCAUCAGCUUUUGGCUUUCUUGGUUCUCUGAAAUUGCUGAUGUUCUUUCAAGGCUGAUGUUUCUGAGGCCUUUCCCCUGUAUUUUGGGAAGGUGCCACUUCCCAGAGUGCAUCCAAAUGCAGAGGCACCUAUUUGGGAAGGCAGAAAUGAAACUGAUUUCCUCUGCAGGACCAUCCUUGGUAGGUUAUCACCCUCCUAAACAUCUUCUUGAGAGUGACUGAAAGGGGGAAUCAGAAACCAUCUGGAAAUAACCAUAAGAACACAUGAGUGGCUUACUGAGAAGCAUGACAUUGCAAGACUGAUGGUAAUACACCUGUGAGGACUCAGCUCUUUCUGGAUAACCCAAGUGCAGCUUUAAGAGUGUGGCCACAUCAUCUUUUUAAGAACAAGUGGUUAUUGUUUUGACUGUAUUGGGGAGCAGCAGGAUACUCAGCUCAUGUGAUCCAUAGGUAAGAAGAGAGAGGUAGUUAGGAUGGGAUGUUACCAAAUUGUGUUUUAAGUCCUCCCAUGUAACACUUUUACCCUGAAAUGAGUUAGUCAAAAAAACCCACUGCUGCUUUGAGACUUUUUAAAGUCAGAGGAAAUGGAUUUGACUGAGGAAUUGCUUCAGGCAGCAGACUGUGUUUUACUAAACCAUCAUUUAAAAAGGCUCCUAGCUUCACUUGGCAGCUUUUAGAGAAAUACACUGUGCUUGUGCUAAAAAAAGGAAAAGAGAUAUUCUGGAUUCCUAAUGGAAAUUCUUAUGGUUCAAUCUGCUGGAAAAACAGACCACUUGCCACACAAACUGGGUUUAAUAUUUUGAGGUAAACCCAACUGGUUUUUGACCUGAAUGUAACUGUCAACCCAGCUCUGAGAAUAGUAGUGGGAGAAAGCUGAAAGAGCACAGCAUCUCCUUCUGACACAGGUCAGGAUCCAGUGGCUUUAUAGAAAUGGUACCUGCCAAGUGUUACGUGUGGCUGUGGGUGAUGGUAAUGGGAAAGGCACAAUCCCAGUGUCUUUGGGAGACCAGGAUAUUGAAACAUAAGAGGUAUUUUUCAUCAACCCUCAGUGAGGAGCAAAGUAUUUCAUGUGGUUUUGGGAGCAGGGACUGUUUUGUGUGUCCUGUUCAGCAUUAGGGGGUUAAUUCCCCUGUUCUGUGCACGCUGUGUUAGUUCCAGGUUGCAGAGUGCUUUCAUGCUGUGUGGUAGUACAAUCAAUAAAACCUUUUAGGCUGUAAA